ACAAAACAAUCUUCAUAAUUAUUUCAUAAUUCCAACUAUUUGAAUGAACAUGAUUUCCCGCGUGACUUUCAAAUUCUGCCACCUGUUGCAGUGUGCCAAGGUUCAAAAAGUGUUAUUUUCACAAUUACCGAGGGCUAUUAGCACAAACAUGGAUAUAUCCAAAACUUUAAAUGCCAACGUUUGGGACACAGAUCCAGAGUUAUGGGACCUUGUGAAAAAGGAAAAGAGGAGACAGGUGACUGGGCUGGAAAUGAUUGCCUCUGAGAACUUCACUACAUUGCCAGUAUUACAGUGUCUAAGUUCCUGUUUGCAUAAUAAAUAUUCGGAAGGGCUUCCAGGGCAACGAUACUAUGGAGGUAAUGAAUUCAUAGAUGAAAUCGAAAUAUUAGCCCAAAAAAGAUCUUUAGAAGCAUUUAAAGUAGAUCCUGAAAAAUGGGGAGUCAAUGUACAACCAUAUUCAGGAUCACCUGCAAAUUUUGCAGUAUAUACAGGUAUUGUGGAACCGCAUGGUCGCAUUAUGGGUUUGGACUUACCUGAUGGUGGACAUUUAACUCAUGGUUUCUUUACACCAACUAAAAAAAUUUCUGCCACAUCUAUAUUUUUUGAAUCAAUGCCAUACAAGGUAAACCCAGAGACUGGCCUAAUAGAUUAUGAUAAACUAUUAGAAACUGCAAGACUGUUUAAGCCUAAAGUGAUCGUUGCUGGUGUUAGCUGUUAUUCGAGGGCUUUAGAUUAUAAGAAAUUUAGAGAAAUUUGCGAUGAAGUAGGGGCUUAUCUAUUUUCAGAUAUGGCUCAUAUUUCUGGUUUAGUGGCAGCAGGUGUUACUCCAAGUCCGUUUGAAUACAGUGAUGUUGUUUCAACAACUACACAUAAGAGUCUCCGUGGUCCAAGGGCUGGUGUCAUAUUUUUCAGGAAGGGUGUCCGAUCCGUAAAUGCCAAGGGUGAAAAAAUUAUGUAUGAUCUCGAAAAUAAGAUAAACCAAGCAGUAUUCCCAGGAUUGCAAGGUGGUCCACACAACAAUGCUAUAGCUGCCAUAGCGACAACCAUGAAGCAGGCUCAGACUCCCGAAUUCGUGGAAUAUGCGAAACAAAUCGUUGCUAACGCCAAACGACUCAGUGAUGGUCUUCAACAAAAAGGUUAUAAAGUAGUUACUGGUGGAACAGAAUUGCACUUGUUAUUGGUCGAUUUGAAAUCUGUUGGUUUAAGCGGUGCCAAGGGAGAAUAUAUUUUAGAGGAAAUCAAUAUCGCUUGUAAUAAAAACACAGUUCCAGGAGACAAGAGCGCUCUUAAUCCUUCAGGAAUUAGAUUGGGUACCCCAGCCUUGACUACACGUAAUUUAAAGGAAAGCGACAUAGAUGUUGUAGUAGAUUUCAUUGACAGAGCCCUCAAAUUGGCUAAAGAAGUUAGCAAGAUCUCCGGACCCAAAUUAGUCGAUUUCAAGAAAACCAUUCACGAGAACAGCGACGUCGCUAAAAAAGUAGCAACCUUGAGAGACGAAGUUUCGAAAUACAGUGAAAAGUUCCCCCUUCCCGGAUAUCCCGAUUAUUAAAUAUUUUUAUUACUAUAUAUUAUUGUAUGUGCUAUUUUUUGUUGCCAUUUAUAUUUUUAAAUUUUAUACAAUUUUUUUAUUGGUAAGAUUAAAUUUCAAUUUUCAAAUUUUCCGGUUUUUUUGUUCUAUUGUAAAAUUAAAAGAUUUGUAAUAUAUAUUUUUGAAUUCAUCUUCAAUGCGCUAGUUCAGUGUGAUGUUAUUUUGGUUCCACUGACAUUUAAUUCUAACCAAACUUUUAACAAAAACAUCAAUAAAUUUGACAUAUACGUUUUUACUGUUUUUAGUUAGUUUAUUUCUAAAUAUUGUUUACAGG